UACAAGAUUUAUAUCUAUUUAUUUAAAUGUGUGCAAGUAGCAUUGCUCAAAAAAGCUUGAAAAUAUUUAACUCCAUAUCUUCUACUUUGAUUAAAUAUUCAUUAAUAAAUAAAAAAACUAAGCUGCUCAAAAACAAAAAUCCUUCUCAAACCUGAUAAAAAUCCCAUAUUAUGAAAAUAGACCAGGUUUGCCUUUCCAGGCCAAACACCAAAUUCUAAAGAUUCUAAGGUACUAAUAUGCAAAAAUACCAGGUCCGGACUCCGGACUGCGGACGAAAAACGGAAAAAACAAAACGCGCUUUCCUCAGAAAUCGGUCGCGCGCGGUUCAAGUCCGUUUCCCAAAACUCCCGCGACGCGCGCGCGCGAACGCCGCGGCCGUUACGACCCCUCCUACGCCGUUAAUGGCGAGCAAACGGUAACCGUACGGCCACCGAUAUCUCAUCGUGACCGUCACGGGAUCCAAAUCACUUCCCCUCGCGCCCCCCCUCCACCCUCUCUCGUCGUUGUGGAUCGAUUCGAGGGCUCUCUAGGGUUGGUUUCGAGGGCGGGGCGAUAUGUCGACCACGAAGCCCGCGCUGGAGGAGGAGGAGGAGGAGGAGGAGGUGGUGGUGGCGGCGUGCGGGUGCUGCGGCCUCACGGAGGAGUGCACGUCGGCGUACAUCGCCGCGGUGCGGGGGCGCUACCUGGGCCGCUGGAUCUGCGGCCUCUGCGCCGAGGCCGUCGACGACGAGACCCGCCGCCCCGGACGGCCCGUCUCCACCGCCGACGCGCUCGAUCGCCACGCCCGCUUCUCCCGCAGCCUCCGCCGCAGCCGCCGCCGCGCCGCCGACUCGCCGGAGAGCCUCGUCGCCGCCGUCGCCAGGGUCCUCCGCCGCAGCCUCGACUCGCCGGCGCCGGCCGAGGACGCCGCCGCCGCCGUAGCCUCGGUGCGGCGCCGGAGCUCGGUCGCACGUUGAGGGAGGUGCGUACGAGGAGGAAACCCUAACACUCUCCUCUCAUCAAUAUCGCGUUUAGAGAUUCCGUGUUUGAACUUUGAUCCGAGUUCUCUUUACCAAAUUGUCGACGAAAACUGAGGAGAACAAAAAAAAAAAA